AAGCACAGACGAUCAAACAAAUAGCCAUAGCUGUUCAUUGUAUUUCCUGGGGCAUGUGGACUGUGAUUAUUCCCAUCAGAACCAAAUGGGCAGACUCACGGUGCCCCUCUGCUUCUGUAGGGACCCUUCUGUGCCAAGACCAUCACAAUCUGUUUGGAACAUCAACUUCCUGGAUGAGAAGAAGCACCCUGCUACCAUGGUGCAAUGGAAAUAUCCACCUACAAGUAUACUUUCACUGCAUUUUGCUGAUCUCUCCCAGAUUGGAGCAUGAUUUUCCAGAAAACCAAAGGUCAUUGCACAGUGGGGGAGUACUGAUGGGAUGCCUCCUCCUCCUCCCGUUUGUUACUGUAUUACCACUGCUGGAUAUGAGUAGAGGCAUUUGACUCAGCCACAAUGAAGCUAAUACACUGAUGAUGCAAAAGAGUGUGCGUGGCUGGAGUGGCCUGAAACCCUGAAGUAACAGCAGCAUACAUGUAGCAUGGCACAUCUGUCUCUGCUCUGCAAAUUCUGUCCCACCGUGUCUUCCUUGAGACGAGGCCCAGAUGUGAGCGAGGAAAGGGCAGGGUGGCAUCGGGCAUGGGUGUCAUGUGAUGGUGUCUCGCUAGAAGGCGGUGGUGCCUGCGUAAUGGGCUUCUGCUCCGUGCUCUGAGGCGAGGCAGCUUCCCAGGGCUUCGAGGGAAGGAGGGGGAAAAGCUUAGAGGAGGAGGAUGAAAAGGACAGAAAGACCGAGUCUAAAAUAUACAGUCCUUUGAGUCUUUAGGAGCUUGCUGCUGACUUGAGGGCAAAGGUGGAAAAGGGUCAGGACAGAAAAUGUGAGAUGUCCUACCAUCUGGUGGGCCUGCUUGCAAACUGGGGACUACAUCCACAACACCCAAGCCUCAAAGGGCCCUGAUGUCUUUAGGAGGGAGCAGGGGACAGGUUCUUUCAGUCUGGCUUGGCUAGGGAGAGCUGUGUGGCUGCUCCCUGCCUAUUGUGCUUCCAGGGCUGGCCCUUGUUUCCCGACUAAAGCCACAGCAUGAUGCUUUCUACCCUCCUCACCAUAUUACAGAGUUUUGUCUUUCAGCUGUCUCCUGUCUCAAAUGAGGACAACUGUACAAGGAGAAAUGGGAAAAAGGAAGGGAAACAAGAACAAGAAGGAAGAUGGAGCAGGAUAAAAGUGCAGGAAGAUAUGGGGGAAGAAAGCAUGUCUGCCAGAAAGAGGAGGGAGCUUGUGGGGCUUCUCAGCUAGUGGCUAAAAGCCCAGUAUAAACUGGGAGCUGUAUUCACACCGGUGUGUGAAGCUGUGAGUCAGGCACAUUCCUCCAUGCAGUUGUCAAGGCAGCUCUCAAAGGGCUGGUUCAGUGGGGCAGGGCCCACCUCCCCAAAGUCUGUCUUAGCUGAGCUGACACAGAUUCGGGAGCAGAACUCUACUUGUUCAUCCACUGUUUCUGGGGUGCCAGCAAACUCUGAAGAAGCAACAAAGGAUGAGCUAGUGAAGAAAAGAGACAUUUCCUCCUGGCUGGCAGAGGUUAUCUUGCAUGUCUUGGUCUUGAAGGAAAAGGCAGCGUCCCUUUCUUGGCUCUUUCAUUGUUAAGGAAAACAGCCGGACAGAGCUUGUGAUGGACAACAUCAGCAAAAUGGACUGGGCAGCUGGAGGUGAGGAAUAGACUUCUCUGAAGCACCCUGUCUAUGUCUGAUGAACUCUCCCCAUUCUUCUCUGGGCUGCUUUGCUGUUAAGGAUAGACGUGUCUCAUACAGUGAAGGCGGGAGGAAGGAACAGGUUUCCGAGAGCUUGAUUUGCUCUUGCUCAGUUUACCCAAAGAUGUCUUACAACUCUUCUCUCCUCAGCCCAAGUCCUAGAGAGGAUCCCAAGGCUGGCAGUUUCUUGGAGGAAAGCAGUGGUGGAGGUGAUGACAGCAAUGUUCUGGGAGGGGACAGCCUGGUCACAGGGCCGCUGGGCGCAGUGCUGCUGGUCAUGUGCCUCACUGGUAUGGUGGGGAACAUCUACACAGUGGCAGUGGCCUCUGGCAGGGUGGCAGGAUGCUCAGCAGGCUCCUUGGGGGUCUACAUGAUCAACCUUGCCCUGGCUGACCUCCUGUACCUCUCCACCAUCCCCUUUGUGGUUUGCACCUACUUCACCCACGACUGGUUCUUUGGGGAUGUGGGUUGCCGGCUUUUGCUCAGCCUGGACCUCCUCACCAUGCACGCCAGCAUUUUCCUCCUGACCGCCAUGAGCCUGGAGAGGUACUGGGCAGUAGCCAAGCCUCUGUGGGCCAGGCGGGCCAGCAAUGCCUACCGCAAGCUGGCCAGCGCCGUCCUCUGGCUCCUCUCACUCCUGCUCACGGCCCCCAUGAUGGUGAUGACCCAGCUGCGGGAGGGGGACGGCCCCCACAAGCGCAUCUGCGUCCCCACCUGGACACCAUCAGCUUUCCGGCUCUACCUGACGGUGCUGUUCACCACCAGCGUCCUGGCACCCGGUGCGGUGCUGGCCAUCGUCUACGCCCGCCUGGCCCGGGCGUACCAGUCCUCGGCCUGGGGCCUGGGGCUGCCGGUGCCUGGCCGGGCCCCUGCUCGGCAGCUCCUCUCCAGGAUCGCUGCCAUCGUGGUGGCCUACUGGGCCUGCUUCCUCCCCUUCUGGGCCUGGCAGCUGGCCGGGCUGUACCAGGGAGAGGGGCUGGGCAUCAGCCCCGCUGCCCAGGCCUACCUUAACUUCGGUGUCACCUGCCUGGCCUAUGGCAACAGCUGUGUCAACCCCUUCCUCUACACUCUGCUUGCCAGCAGCUACCGCGGGCACCGUGGCCGCACUGGGAUGGGCAUGGCACGGCCUGCAGCACCCUCUCAGCAGGCUGCAGGAAGCCAUGGCAUCCCCCUGGCUUUCAGGGAGGUGUUGGGGCCUGUGAGGGAAAGUGUGGGCUGAGCAGGCUGGGAACAUCUGACCUUUGGCUGGGUCAUGUUGAGAAAUAAAAGUGUGUCGCCUUCCAUGCCA